AUGUCGAAAUCAUAUGCACCCAUAGUUGGUGUUGCUGCAGGAGGACUUGCAUUGGUGGUGAUAGUCAUUGUGUUCAUGUGGUUUUGCAUGUUACAAUGCUAUGCAUGUUUUGGUAAUAACUCUUUCACUCUCCUGCUGAGGUUUACGGUGGAGUGGAACAGGCAGGCUGGAUCAAGUUCAGCAGGAGGCCCCCCUCUAUCAAGACCACAGAAAGGGAAGCAGUUCAUGCUGUAUGAAUUGGAGGAUGCAACAAAGCAAUUCAGUGAAAGCAAUUUGAUUGGACAUGGUAGUUUUGGGUUAGUCUACAAAGGUUUGCUAAGCGAUGGAACUGUUGUAGCAGUUAAAAGGCGUCGAGGUCUUCCCAGACAAGAGCAUGCUACCUAUCGGAGAUUCAUCACCGAAACCUUGUUAGCCUUCUUGGUUACUGCCAAGAAGAUGGCCAUCAAAUAUAGUGGACAAGUAUCAAAUACACAGCUGGAGUUCAAGCAAAGACUUUCCAUAGCUCUAGGGGCAGCUAAAGGUCUCCAUCAUUUGCAUUGGCUGAAACCUCCUGUAGCACACAAGAACUUCAAAACAGCUAAUGUCUUGGUUGACGAAAACUUCACCGCUAAAGUUUCAGAUGCAGGGGUUUCUAAACUAUUUGAAAGGAUUGAAGAAGCAAGUCCUUCAUCAAGUUCAAUUGACCACAAUGAUUUUCAAGACCCAGAGACAGGACAAUCAAGAUUAUUCUAUGAAAUGAGUGAUAUAUACAGCUUUGGGAUAUUUCUUUUGGAGCUCGUAACUAGCCGGGAGGCUUCACAAAUUAACCUAAGAUCUGGUGAAAGCUUCGAACAGUGGGUUAAAUCACAUGCAAGUUCAAAAGAUCUCGUUGACCAUCAACUGGCCGGCAACUUCAAUUUGGAAGGUAUGAAGGAUUUGAUCAAGUUGACAUUCUGGUGCAUGAGCUUAGAGAAACCAAAAAUGGAAAUGGUUGUAACAGAGCUUGACCGAAUUCUAGAAAAGGAGAUGACAUCGACCACAAUCAUGGGUGAGGGUACUGCCACAGUUACUCUAGGGAGCCAAUUAUUUACUUGAAUGUGAAAAUCUGAAAAUGAAUUAUGCUCAGUGUUUCUGGUCUAUUUGUGCCACACUUGUGGAAGUCAAAAUAGAGGAGUUAGCUAUGGUUUCAUUUUGUUUUUAGAUGUUUAAACGCAGUUUUCAUUUGCUUCUAUUUGGGGUGGAUGUACAUUAGAAUUUUAUUUUUAACAAGAAUGUGCUAUAACAAUUCUUCUAUCCAUGAAAAG